UAUUUCCGGAAAGAGCCGGCUUGCCGAUAUCGUCUUUGUUUUAUUAUCCAUUAAUUUAUCACAACGAUGAGGAAUAUGCGGGCACCCAGGGGCCGUAGGUCCAUGGAAGGUGGACCCAUGAGGCCGAUGCAGUUCAAACCAUCACAUAUGUACAGAACCUUCAUCCCUCAUAUCCCAUUUGACUUGACUCAGUGUGAAGCGACUUUCCCAAGAGCUAAGGUAGCACCUGAUGAAAAGCCUUUUACAGAUGCCUUGCUGAAGAGGAACUCUGAUUUAACACCAGGCACACAGGAGCAAGCAGCAGUUCAGGCCCUUGUUACUAAGAUACAGUCUGUCCUAGACAACCUUAUCAUUACACCUGGCAGUUUCGAGGCUGCUCAACUGGAGGAAGUCCGUCAGGUGGGGUCGCACAAGAAAGGGACGAUGAUGGCGGGUCAUAACGUAGCAGAUAUUGUGGUCAUGUUGAGGACUUUACCCACAAAGGAGGCUGUGGCAGCACUUGGGAAUAAAGUCUGUGAAGACUUGAAAGUCUCCGACCCCAACGAAGUUCUCAGCAUGUUGACAAACGACUCAGGAUUUGAGAUCAGUUCCUCUGAGGCCACAGUGAAGUGUCUAAUCUCGACAAUCCCGCCCAACAUGAAGAAAUUAGACCCAGACCUCCACUUGGAUGCAAAAGUGAUGCAGGGUCACUUGUCAGCUGUCCGUCACGCGCGGUGGUUUGAAGAAAACGCCUUCCAUUCCAGCAUCAAGGUGUUGAUACGGUUGCUAAGAGACCUAAAGAAUAGGUUUGAAGGCUUUGAGCCUCUUACACCUUGGAUUAUAGAUUUAUUGUCUCACUUCGCCACAAUGAACAAUCCGACCCGACAACCAUUGCCCAUCAAUGUAUCCUUCAGACGUUGUUUACAGUUACUGGCAGCAGGGUUUUUCUUGCCAGGCUCAGUAGGCAUCACAGACCCAUGUGAACCUGGGAAUGCCAGAGUCCAUACAGUCAUGACACUGGAGCAACAGGACCAGGUGUGUUUCACAGCCCAGACCUUGUUAAGAGUGCUGAGUCAUGGGGGAUACAAGCAGAUUUUGGGGCUGGAAGGGAACUCAAGUAUUGCUACAGAGAUGAGCGUUUGGGAAGGGGUGGUUGUAUCUCCCUCAGACAAGGCCUACGAGAAACCAGAGAAGAAAGAUGAGGAGGAGGGGGAAGGAGAAGGUGGGGGAGGGGGAGGACACCAUGGAGGCUCAGGAGAGCCAGUGAAGGCCUACACAAGGGGAGACAGCCGUGGGGAAUUUGACGGAAAGUCAAUCACAUUGGCCACACAAGAGGACAUCACAUCACAGAUUUUGUUUCGUUUCAUUUCGAUUUUUGUCUUGUCAUGAAAGCCGUAGAGAAAUUAUGCCUGUUUUGAUCUUUUGGGAAAAGUGUAAGAGACAUAAAGGCAAAUAUUUUGAAAGUUUUGUUUAAAUUUAGACUGGCUGUGGAAGAAAUACGAAGAGUAUGGAAGGUUGUUAGGAGCAAAUGAUAUUUUUCAUUUCUUUGCUGUAGAAUGUUAUUGCUUACAUUUUCAUCACAUUGUCUGUUAUGUCAGUAUGUGGUAAAUCAAUAUCAUUAAGAAUAAUAACUCACCCAACAAGAGGUGAAACUAAAGCCAGUUGGUUUUACAAGUAACAGGUCAUAUCACCUUUUUGUUAACAGAAUGGAUAUUCCGCAGUUGCAUUUGUAAGCCUAUUAUUUUCAGAUAUCAGAUUUUUCCCACAGCUUCAGUUUUACUGAAAUCCAUUUUGUAUGCAUCCGUCUUAACUGUAUCAGUAAAUAAUAUGGCAUUUUAUUGUAUUGUUUUUUG